ACGGGACCGGCUCCGAACUUUCCAGAAAAGUCGGGAGCAGAGAGCGGCGCGGCAGAGUCCUGCAGAGAGCGGGAGCUGUGCGGAGCUGCCCACCGCCGCUACCAUGGUGAAGGAGACUACAUAUUACGACGUGCUGGGGGUCAGCCCCAGCGCCUCGGCUGAGGAGCUGAAGAAGGCGUACCGCAAGCUGGCGCUGAAAUAUCACCCCGAUAAGAACCCCAACGAGGGCGAGAAGUUCAAACAGAUCUCGCAGGCGUACGAGGUGCUGUCCGACCCGAAGAAGAGGGAUCUGUACGACAAGGGCGGAGAGCAAGCCAUCAAGGAGGGCGGCUCGGGCAGCGGUUUCGGGUCUCCCAUGGAUAUCUUUGACAUGUUCUUCGGAGGCGGCGGGAGGAUGCAGAGGGAGAGGCGAGGCAAAAAUGUGGUCCACCAGUUAUCAGUAAGUUUAGAAGAUAUGUACAAUGGUGCAACAAGGAAACUUGCGCUGCAGAAGAAUGUUAUCUGUGAUAAAUGCGAAGGUCGUGGUGGUAAGAAGGGUGCAGUAGAAUGCUGCCCAAACUGCAGAGGGACAGGCAUGCAAAUCAGAAUUCACCAGAUUGGGCCAGGCAUGGUGCAGCAGAUGCAGUCUGUGUGCAUGGAGUGCCAGGGGCAUGGAGAGCGCAUCAGCCCUAAGGACCGCUGCAAGAGCUGCAAUGGCAGGAAAAUCGUUAGAGAGAAGAAGAUUCUGGAAGUGCAUAUUGACAAAGGAAUGAAGGAUGGUCAGAAAAUAACAUUCCAUGGUGAAGGGGACCAAGAGCCAGGACUAGAACCAGGGGAUAUUAUUAUUGUCUUGGAUCAAAAAGACCACUCUGUAUUUACAAGACGCGAUGAAGACCUUCUUCUGUCUAUGGACAUACAACUGGUUGAAGCACUGUGUGGCUUUCAGAAGCCUAUUGUGACUCUGGAUAAUAGGACUAUUGUUAUUACCUCCCAUCCUGGCCAGGUUGUCAAACAUGGAGCUAUUAAGUGUGUUUUAAAUGAAGGCAUGCCAAUUUAUCGCAGACCAUAUGAGAAAGGACGUCUCAUCAUAGAGUUCAGGGUGAACUUCCCAGAGAGUGGCUUCCUUUCCUCAGAUAAGCUGUUGUUACUUGAAAAACUGCUUCCUGCAAGACAGGAAAUAGAAGAAACUGAGGAAAUGGAGCAAGUGAACUUAGUGGACUUUGAUCCAUCUCAAAAAAGAAAACAUAUCUAUAAUGGGGAAGUCUAUGAAGACGAUGACCACCAUCCUAGAGGUGGUGUUCAGUGUCAGACAUCAUAGAAGGGCCGUCAGUAACUUGUGAUGCUUGUUUUGUAUGUGUUAGUGGAUGAGUGAAAGACUACAGGCAGUUCACUGUCACUUCUUGCUAUUCGUUGUUAUAACCAGCCAUAGUUGUUUUAUCUAAAAAGCAUAAAGGAAAAAAAUAAACUAAUGAAACUGACUCUCCAACUUGUGUAAAGCUCCAGGACGCAAGCUCAAAUUAAACUGAGCACACUUCACCUCUGCCUGAUGAUACAAGACAGCUCCCUCACCUGCUAGUCUUUUCUUUCAAGCCUUGUAAUUCCUGUAUGUGUGCAAUUGCUGAGGCUUAGACUAAGCUGCUGUGGUGAUCUUUUUGUGUAUUCUAGGUCUUAUACUCUAAAGUAUGCACAAGUGCAUAUAAGUCAUGGUAAGACAUAGUUACUAAGCUGUGUACCAGUUAGGAUAACAUGUUAAUGUUUGGGGCUUGCACUGGUGUUUGUCCAGUAGGGAUUGGCUUAACACAGCCACAUAAUACAUGAAGCUAAUGGGGAUGUGGUCAGUUUUUGUAAACCCAUUAAAGUCACAUGACCUAUGAGUUCUCAAGUUUCUGCUCCUAAGGUCAAACAGGUUUUUUGCCAGCUCUGCUAUGGCCUUGGAGCUAAAUGUGAAACUUCGUUCAGGUCAUUGCUGACUGCUUUUUUGCUGAUGUUCUGCACAGUACUGGGUUUAGAGCCAGUGGUUGUUUGGCUACUGCAGGGGGGGUUUCUUUGCUACCAUGCAUGAGUGAAAAACUCCAGGCAUUAUCAGCACAUGUGCUGUUUGGGGAUAGCCUGCCAGCAUGCGAAGCUUUACUUUGCCCUUAAUUCUGAAAUUAGAUACCCUACAGUGGUAUGUCAUGGAGAGCACUACUCACCCUACUGGUGGGCACAUGCAAGCCUGCAGGAGAAAGAAAUUUAUUGUCAGCAUGUAUCCCAACUGACACAUCUAGGAUGUUCUGAAUCUAAUGUAUUGUGUGCAUUAUUUUAAGCUGACUGUUGAAAAUUUCUGUAUGAAUGUUCUAAUUAUGUAGAUGAAGUAUUUCCAAUAUAAUUACAAAAUUGUUCAUUGC